GCUUUGUGUUUAACAUCAACAUGUGAAUGGGAGAGUAUGACUGGAAUUUGGAAUUCGACUGGAAUGGGUAAAGGUUUUCAAAUUCAACACAGUUUUAAAGAGAUACUCUUUCUUGGUUAACAUUUUUUAGGGUACUUAUGAUUGCCAAUACCAGCAUCAGAAAUACCUCUGAUACCAGGUAACAAGAGUUGUUGCACUAAUCUGACUCAAAAACCAGGAGACCUCAUGAAAACAUCCCUGUUUUUAGAGCAGUAAAGGACAGAUUUCAUUUCAAUCAACACAUUUCAUAGAAAGUGUUUUAUAACCAAGGGUGUCAUUUACAAUAUAGGAUAUGACACUUUGUGACACAAAAAUAUUCAAUACAAUAUAGGACAAUAUAUUAUGAUUUCAUACAAAAUAAUUUGAUAUAAUAUGAUACAAUAAAACAACAUGAUAUGUAACUUGAUAUGAUGCAAAAUGAUACGAUACAAAAAUGAUAGGAUAAGAGAAGUUACCAUGUGAUAUGACAGUAAGAUAGGCUACAUUAAAAUAUGACGUAAUACGGAACGGUAUAUGACACACAGUGUCCCACAAUUUGAUACAAUACGACACGAUACAAUAAGAUUUGGUGAGAUAUGGUUAGAUAUGAUACAAUUUGAUGUGUUUCAAUAUGAUGAGAUUUAAGUUAGCUACAAUGCGAUGCAAUACAAUACACCACGAUAGAAUCAAUACAAUACUACAUGUUACUACAUAAUACUACACUUCAUGCAAUGCAAUACCAUAUAAAAAUACACGAUACAAUACAAUAUGAUAUGAUAUGAUAUGAUACGAUAUUCCCUAUAUUUGGCCCAGCCAGGACAUGGGUAGUUAACCUGAUACAGGGAUGAUGUGGUAAUUGGUUAAUUGCUAGACAAUCAUACUCUGAUGCAUCACAUUAUCUGAUAAACUGGGAAAGAGAGGGAUAUAACGCCCCUGAUACUAGGUAUUGAUGCUGUGAGUAGUUAGAAGGGAAAUCUUUUUGAAGCACUGUGUUGUUUUUAAGUUUAAAUAUUGACAUCUGGAUAAAUGUUCAUGUAAUUUUGGGAGGAUUUUUGCCAUCAUUGGCCAGAUCAGCUGAAGAAAGAUGGUAAAUGAGGGGACAGGGAGACGACAACCUGCAAAGGGAUUGUGGUCUGCAGCUCAAACAGCCACCCCUGUAUUGAGGACUACAGCCUCUGUACGUGGGGUGUGCAGCUCAACUGCUGGGCCAUACUGACAUUAUCUUGAUAUUUUGUCCUAUUUUUGUCCGUUAUGCAAUAAUAAGAAAACCAAUAAAAAAAAUUUAAAAAACACUUUAAGUGUCAGCAGUUUCUGUUAGAAACUGUCUCUUAUCAGUGUUUUUAAAUCACUCUUUAAAAUUGUGUUUUUCUCUUAUUUUAAUCUAGGAAAGUUCAAACCAUUUAAAUCACAAAGUAAAGAACGCUGUGGUGAAAAAUCUGUAUUUAUGAAAAACUCUUCAGCAACACAGGAUAUAAAUAGAGGCUUGCAGCCAACACAUUUGUUUGUAAAGCUUUUCUGAACACAGUUACUACAAUACAACUGUUUAAAAAAGGUGACCCACUUUUUUAUCAUCCUUGUGUUUGGUAAGAACUCAGUGUCAGCAGAUGGAAUAUAGAGGGAAGAAAUGGUAGCACAAAAUCCCAACAGUAAAACUAAUAAUACGAAAUAAAAAGGGAAGCAACUACAAGCUUCACUGAAAAAGUCCUUCCAAUUACAACAAGAAAGAAGAAACUGUUCCACAUUUUCUAUCUGUGUAAAUGUUUGUGUUUGUGUUUGUUUGCACUGUUAAACUUACCACUCUGCUUGGAUUGAAGGUUGCGCUUUAGGCUCAGUCCUCUCCUCCUCAGCUACUUCUUUAACUCCAUCUUCAUCCUCCCCUGUCUCCUCCUCCUCCUCUUCUUCCGGUAUCUGCUCCCACAACCGGCUGUUGACCCACAGAGCCUCCUGCAGACUGAGACCACGUCCAAUGCAGGUCACUCGUCGACACAGAGGGCAAGGCACGGUCAGCAGCCCGCUCCUGGACCGAGACAUUGUCUCCAGACACAGCUCACAGAAUGUGUGUCUGCAGUGAAGCACCCGAGGGAUCCGGUCCAUCCGGGAGUAGGGGGACAAGCAGACGCUGCAGUCGCCGUCCUCGCACAGAACCAUGAUCAGGCUGAGAGGUCGGUCCUCAGAAUUUAAGGAAAACUGCACCAAAUAAAGUCUUCUCCAGCAGGGAACUUAGGGGGACAGUUGCUGAAGCAGGUCUAAACCUUUGAGAGUGCUUCUUUCUGUUAAAUACAAAAGUAGUUUGUGAAUUAUGUACAAACUAUUAACAUUUAAUUAUUAGUACAAGGACAUUUCAGGAGAAUUCUUGAAAAUCAAUUCUGAUGGUACACCAGUUUCUAUAUCCACUGAGUGGUGGUAUCAGCCAAUAUUUACCCUGUUGACACAUAUAACCCUGUCAGCCAAUAGUAUAUCAUCCACAGAUUGCAAUAGGUGGUAUAUCCUACAUAGAUCUAUAAUUAUAUUAAUUAAAUGACAAAGCCUUCUGUGAGGUCUAAGCCUUGUGUCUUGUCUAAUUUAACUGUGGCAUAUCUGUCUGCUUUUGUCAGGCUGUGUGAGGACUAAGAAUGUCUUCUUACUAAUUUUUUAAAUAACAAAGCAACUUAAUAGGAUUUUCAUGCAGGUAUUUGAAAAAACAGAGUGAAAUAGCCAUCUUUCCAUCUUUUACUUUAAAGAUAUCAACCUGUUUUGUACAUUGGUAGUUAUGUUUUUACUUCUCUGAGAUAACUUCAUGAAAACCCAAAAGACAUUGAUGGUGUUCAUCAACAUUUUUAAUAUUGUUUUGAUCUCUGCUUUGGUUGUGUGGAUUGUGAUAAAUAAUAAGCAGUAAUGAUGGACUGAUAACAAUAAGAAGUUACACUGUUUCCCCUGUGUUUGUCAGUAUCAGUGUCAUAAUUAACUUACAAAUCAUUUGUUAAUUGUUGUUACAAAUCAACAAUUAACUCUAGAGUGAACUAUUCAUUAUAGUAAGUUAUGUGCCAUUCUGCUCUAAAGAUAACGUUUAGUAGCUAGACAUGUUGCAUGACAGUAAGAUAUAAAUUGCAGUAAGUUAAAACAGAACACUUAAGAAAACCGUCCUGAAUACGCUGAACCAUGACAGAACCUGCUAUCCAUCACUAAACUAUAUAUUUUAUUUAAGCACAGAGCAAGGGUUUAUUUACAGAAUCGGUCAUGUGUACUUACACUGAAGCAGAAGCCCAGGCAGACAAAAGUUGUUCCCGCAGCUCAAUUCCUCAUCAGAUCCGUUUUCAGGAGCAUUUUCUCUUUGCUGUGUCCAGCAGACAAGCGGCAGUGAAAAGAGAGGAAGAGCCGGCUCGUCUGCCGCCUGUUAGGAGUGUCUGGUGUAUUUGUGGGGGCGGGACAGAAGCGUCUCUCUCUCUUCUCAUGGCUCAGACUCUCACAACGCAACAGCUGGGGAAGCAGAGCUUUGGAGACCGUCUCUUUGUUCAGUGUGGGAGGGAGUGCAGGUGGAGGGAUGGGCGUGGGAUUUGUUGACAAACAGUGAUUACACCAAUAAGCUUUUACCAUUUUCACAAAGACUACCACUCUGACAAACAUGCUAAACCAUUGGCGCUUAUUUCUGAUCUGACAGAAUACCUUUUUUGAAAAAAAGAUGGGCUCGUCCGGGAUUUGAACCCGGGACCUCUCGCACCCAAAGCGAGAAUCAUACCCCUAGACCAACGAGCCACACUUCAUUGAGGAAAAUGGUGUAUUUAAAACAAUAAUCAAAAAUACUGUCACGGUAAUAUUUUUAGAAAUUUCUGUCCGACCGCGUCAGAAAAUUAUAAAAUCUACGAUACUCAAAACCUCACUGAGAGUCCUAAAAUCUUACAAGACCACCUGUCGGCCAAUCCUUACAGGUUAAACUAUAGUAUACGAUUGUAACACAUUGUUUAGUUCAACUAUUUAGUAAAACAGCUGCAGGACAACGCUAAAAUUAGCGGGUUUUUUUUCUGUUCAGACCACACUGAACUGGUUGUUAAUCUCUAGAACUACGAUAGCUAGGCUUCUGAGGUCCGGCCUAAGUGGUUUGCAUAUAGAGAGGCUACAUGUACUAUUAAAACGGUUUCAGAUUUGAGAAACUUUUAUUCUACAAAGAGGGAGAAAUAGAGAGGAAAAAACUGUGAAUUUUUGACACAGGAUAAAGGUUCCGUAAAUCUGAAACUGUUUUUUAAAAAAAAGUUUGGGGAGUUUCUACAAUAAUUUAAUCUAUAUCUCACAUGUCCAUGUAUUUAGUUUUAGCAUUUGCAAAAACAGAAUAAAGGUUCUGAUAAAUUCCAGAUAGCCAAUUUAAAGAGAAGUGUGGCUCCCUACUUAAUUUAAUCCGUAUACAGCCCAGGACUUUCGGUUGUCAGUCAUCUGUCGCGACAGACCGUAACAUUCUGUCAACCGUGUACUUAAUCCGGUAAUGGAGACAAUGAAGGUGGAGAACUGAGGUACCUGUACACUCGGUGUUCAAAAUAUGGGCUCGUCCGGGAUUUGAACCCGGGACCUCUCGCACCCGAAGCGAGAAUCAUACCCCUAGACCAACGAGCCACGUGUUCAAAAUGCAAUACACAAUAGGUUUUCAUCCAUGUCACUUAACUGUAUUCUUCAUUAGGAAGACUUGGUAAUUUCUACAUGUGUAUUUUUCCAUCAUCCUGUAAACCUGUAAACACCAUCUGACGCUACACCUGUGUCCACUUCUCUUGGCCACCCGAUGCAUUUUGAGCCAUGCCAUACUUUCAAGUACCUGUACUAAAUAAAAAAGGUCACAACGGCUUAUGCUACUUUAUACUAGUUUAUGUUAGCAAUCUUGUUUUGGUUUUUGCAAAACUCUCCUGUAAUACAUUAAUGUAAGCCAUACCUUGUUACUGCUCAACAGACAAAUUCACCAAUCGACAAAUGGGUUGGCGCUGAACUGCUUGUGAACCAACCGUUCGUACGUACCGCGUGCUUACGUCACUAUUGGAGGUGGUGUUACCGCCUUGAAUCAGGAAAUUCGUCUAGUUACGAAGUGAAGUGAAUGAUGUAAACAAAAGUUAUAAGAAGAGCGAGAACGAUUAUCAACAAGUGUAUCUGACAGCGUUUCCUUUCAGUAUUUGAAAUGUAAGCAGUCAGUGUUUUUGCACUGCGUGUUCGCUACAAUUCAAAGCAAGUGAAUGUGACGUUAUUUGCCUAGUUUCAACUGAACUGGCGCCAGUACAGCUCAGUGGCGUCCAUGCUCUCAAUGAGGCUUUGCUCAGUUGGACAGUUUAGAGAGGGAAUCUGAACAACACUCUGAAAGUGUCAGUGGUUUUUACCUGCUGUGAAAAACACCGGCAAUAUGACUUCCUAUCAGAGGGAAGCUUCUUCGGGAUCCCUGCAAAAUCCUGAUCUAAGGUAAGGUUUGCCUGGCAGGUUGACUGGACAACUUGAGUUGAGUUUGUGUUUGAGUUUGAUUCGGAAGUAUGAUAGGUAAACAAGUCUUGGAAGUGUGUCAUUUGAAAAGAUAGCUGUGUCUUAUAAAUGUGUUUGUCUGUAUUCCAGCUCUGUCCUGUCAUCAUGUGAGCCAGAGCUGCAGGAGCUGAUGAGGCAGAUUGACAUCAUGAUCGGUAAUCAGAGGAGGGAGUGGGAGGCUGAGUUUCAGGCCAUGGAGGUGAAGCUGAAGAGUGGAGGAGAGGAGCUUUUAACCGCCAGAAAUUUACUUCAGCGAAAGGACCUGGAGGUGCAAAGGCUUAUUUUUUGCAAUGCUUGAUUGAUAGUCUUAAUAGAGAUAUCAAAACUAGUGAUACACUAGUUGAGGGAAUACGGGCUGGUACCAAUUCAGAUGUUAAAAUACAAAUUCAACCAGUUGCUGAUUCCACUCAUGAGCUUUGUCGCUCAUCUUAUUUUUCUAGUGAUUAGUUCCUUCACCCAAUUACCUCAUCAAACAUUUGCCACAAAGGUACCAAAGCUCUGAAGCUUCAGUUCAACUGAUGAACUGUAGUUUCUUCUGUGACAGUCUGAAGCACCAUUCCACAUCUGUAGUUUUGGUGUUAGAGAAACUCAUGUGUUAUAAGAGAAAAUAUCUGUAUCACCUAUUGUGGGAUGCGUGUUUUUUGUCACAUGUGUCUCUUAAUUUCUGAGCUUAUUUCUUCUCGACUUCAGUCAGAAAUACCACUCACACUGUUUACUCCUGACAAGCUUGAAUGAAGUGUUUACUAAAGGACCAGAAACGUUUGAAACUUUGGACAUCACCAGUCACAUGAUAUGUGGUUCAAGCAAGCUAUGAAGCUUUGGUACACUACACCCAUGUCAUCUGUGCAGUCAAACAGAAAGUAACAGGAACUAUAUUGCGUGGUAUGGUUUUUAAACCUGCUGUGUUGAUGUUUUACCCACAUCUUAACUAUACUAUGACUUUCACCACCUCUGACUGUAGAUUGAAUUACUUGGCAAACAGCUGGAAGAAGCCCAGGUUGGACGGCAAGAGCUAGUCAACAAAUAUGAGCAACAACUACAGAAAGUCCAGGAAGAGGUGAGAAACAAGUCAGGUCAACAGUUUUAGAAUAGAAUAGAAUAUUCCUUUAUUGAUCCCCCAUGGGGGAAAUUUUUUUUUUAAUAGUUUUCCACAUUAAAGGAAAUUGACAAAAAGUGGUUGUGAGUAUAUAUGUAUACUUAUUUUUUCACCAAUAUUACCAAACAUCUAGAGACAUCUCAGUCAUAGUAUCCAUCAACGUCUUAUGUCUUGGACUGAAAGGUUAUUUUGGAUUUUUAAAAACAAAAAUAUCUUCAAGGCCUCUGAACACAAAUUGAAACAGGACUGCUUUCUAAUGUUUUUUCCGCAGUUGAAUAAGUUAAAGAAAAGUUAUCACAAGCUGCAGCAGAAACAGCUCAAAGUAACCAAUGGAGGGACAAAAACUGGAGGGAGUGAUCAUUUAGAGGUGACCCGGCUCAAUGAAAAGAUUGAGGUACAGAAACGUUUUUCCAGGUUGUCACAUUAAUCAAUUACAAAAAAAGCACUUUAGUGAUAUCUGUUGGUUACAAGGAUUGCAACAGCUCUUAUUUGUCCCUGUAGAAAUAUCACCAGCGCUCUGCAGAGUUGGAGCAGCAGAGCAUCCAGCACCAGAAACAACUCAGGGAUCUGGAGGUCCAAAAUCAGAGCCUGACUGAUGAGCUCACACGUUUGAAAGUAAAAACUCAUUAACAUCAGUAAAUGUCUUAACAAAAAAGCUUAACACUCAACAAAGUAGAAGCAUUUAAGUUUCUAAUUUUUUUUCUCCAUCUUUGAAUUCCAGUCUCGAUCUGCAUUAACAGAAACAGGGAGGGGUCACAGGGAGUGCUGCUUACAGGUGCAGCAUCUGCAUACUCAGCUGGAGAAGGCUCAGGACAGUCUGCACACACAGGAGCUUGAACUGGAACACCUCAGACCUUUGGAGACACGACUGGAGGAGUACCAGAGAGAGCAAGAGGUCAGAAGAAUGGUAAGAGUGUAAUCCUGUGUUAGUAGAUUGAACCUGGAGGCAAACCUGAGGGCUGAGAAACGUGCUGAGAGUGUCAACAACACACAGACCCGCACUGAUUGGUUAAUUUGGUGGCCCUCCAGUGAAGCUUAACAUGACAAUUUCAAAUGUUUUAGGUUAUAAAAAAAUCUUUUCUGUGAUCAUUAUGGCCAAAAAAAUUGCAUUUGACAAUCAUUUCUUGAUCAUAAAAAAAAAAAAAACAAUUUGACACUAAAUAACUUUUAGUAGUUGUCUACAGGUACAAAAAAUUACAUGAGACUUUUGAACUUCUGUUCUACUAGCAGACAAUUUUGCAAGACUCCAACAGAAAGCAAAACAUUCAGUCAAUUUUUUGUUUAUCCUUAUUAAUGAUUACCUCAAUGAUGAAAAUUCAGCACAAGGAAUUAACUGUAUUCUGUGUUUGAGAACAAAUCACCAUUAAAUUCUUCAUUAUUCCCAAUCUGCUAUAGUUUAACUGUUAUAAACAACACUUUGAAUAUUCGUAUCGUAAUAUUCUUGUACAAUGGCUAGCUCCACAUCUUCUGCUACCCUUCAGAUACCAGGUCCAGCAUAUAAGACAGUGAUUUUCAAGCGCGUCAUAGAUCUACCCUUUAAGAGGAUUUAAGAGGAAAUGACAUCCCUUUGUAAUAAUUUUACACUUUAAUGGUUACAGCAGAAACUUUUAAUAACAGACACUCAGCGCCCUGAAAGCCAGCUCUUAUUGCCAAAAUCAGACCCAUAUAUAAGUUAAAAACACUUUUCCCAGUAUUGGACUUGGUUCAUAUACUUUUACAAACUCACCUGAGAAUUAUAGCAGCUGACCUGCUGAACUCAUGAGCUAAAUGGCCAAAAAGCUGUAUUUUUAAAUAUAGCACUCUCUGAAGUCUUCCAACGACUCAUACAGCUUCAGCAUGAUAUCUCACACUCACUCAGCACUCAUCACUAUUAAAUAAUCUCUCUCACACGGCUGGUACAGACAGUGGGGAGUUAGUUGUAGUUUAUUGUAAAACUGACUCUACCACUGAGCCACAGCCACUCCUAACUGACAUAAAAGACACCAGUGUUCAAAUGUUUGUGCACUAAAUUCAUCUUGUUUAGCUCUACAUUAGCGCUGCUGCAUAGUGGCUGAGGGUCCUCUGAUGUUCCACAGGUUUUUUCUGAGGAAAGGGAGGAACUCCACGCCACUCUGGACUCCCAGGACACAUGUAUGAGGAGAGCAAGCCUGGAACGCCAAAGACUUCAAAAUGAAACUGCCAGACUCAACCAAGUGCUGCAAGCUAAAGACCACGUCAUCCGGUCAGUGGAUUUUUACCUUUGAAAAUGUCUUUAUCAUAUGCAGUACUGCAUAAGAUCACAGGAGGGCGCUCUCACACUACAUAAAUACUGCAGAUGGACAGCAUUGAUGAUUAACUUUGAGAAAGGUGAAACAGAAUUCAAUAGAGGACAACUGUUAAUAUUUCCUAGCUCUUUGGAGGACUGUCUGGCCACUCAGGGUUGCUCUGGAAUGGAAACUCUCAGAAAAGAUCUGGAGAAUACCUUCACCAAGCUUCACAGAGCUCAAACGUGUGAGGUUCAUCUCAACGCUGAACUGGCCUGUCUCAGAGAGAGGUGAAUGCUUUCAUUUCGAAACAGCUUUUUAGUCAUUACUGAAGUCUUGUAGCUUUAAAACCAUUGCUUCUGCAUUUCUUGAAAUCAGGAUACUAAAUUUGAUGUUUUUGUGAUUUACUCAGACUAGAGAGGGCGACCCAACAGAGACCAGACCAUUCAAAGACUGAGGAUCUGAGGAGCCUUAAAACAGAAUAUGAUUCAACUCUUGCUGAACUGAAAAAGGUCAGAAACCUCUCUCAUAGCAGGGGCUUUAAGUGCUUUUACAUAUCUGAUGUAUUUGUGUGUAAAAUUCUCAACAACAGUCUGCACCGUCUCUUCUGUGGGUUCACUCUGCAGCUCAGAGAGGAGCUCCACAGGGCCAAGCAGACACACAGCGGUGAAGUGGAGGGAAUGAGGAAAGAGGUAUCAAAGCUGACCUCUGAUCUGCACCAACGUGACGCCACCAUCAACACACUGAAGAGCUCAUCAUCCAGCAUCAGGCAGCAGCUCCGAGGAGAGGUGGAGCGAGCGGAGCAGAAGACAGCUGAGCUGAGAGUAAGAACUUGAACAGGUGUAGCCCCGUGACAUGACCCCUUGAUGAAAAUCAGACAUAGUAUAAUGAAGCCCUUGGUCCCAAUCAGUCAGCCUCACUGCUAACAGCUUCUUUCAAGUUCUGCUGGAACUGUUGAGAAGUUAGAUUCCUGAUAGGAUUUCAGAUCAUUAACUCAUUAUAAGCAACAAUCAUGAGGAAUUCUCACAAGGAAUCUGAGCCUUUCAAUCAGGCAAUUUGUAACAUGUGAUGACUUUUAAUAUUCAGCCGUACAGUAGAUGCCUGUUAAAUAUCAAAAGAGCAACAAUGCUCACACAGUCUCUGGUAUUUGGCACAUGUACGAAGUUUGAGAAGUAGUGAUGUAAUGGUGGAAAAAUCUUUUCAGGGUUUCUGCAGACUGUGUGCACAGUGGAUUAAAAAACAUGCUGUCUGAUUGAAUACGAUAAAUAUAGUUCUGACAUCAUCAUGAUGAGAGACAAAGUGCUCAUGGUAAAGCCUCUACAUUUUCUCACCAUUUUCAUCAUUUAGUUGUUUGGGUUAUAUAUUUUGGAUGCAUUAUAUUAAGGGUGCUUAUAUUUGUCUCCGUAGUUGAGCUGCACACUAUUUUGCAAAAUUACUUUUUUUCACAAAAAUAAGUCAACAAGUCAACUAAAAGAUGUCUCCAAAUCAGCAGGUAGGCUCAGCAAUGAUGUGGGAUAAACAUCAGAGCUCUGGCUGUCUGAUGUAAAAUUUAGUGUAGUCACCUCUUAAAUCACCUGUCAUGUUGUCACAGACUUUGCUGCACAGCUUUGAUAAGACAGUGUCUAAAUUAGAAGGACAAAAUGUGGAUCUACAAGAGGGCAAAAACCUACAUUCUUUACCAUAGAGACUGUUCAAAGCCAACCAGUUCAGUUUUUCCUCAGCUGAUGCCGAUACUGGGAAUAAGCCAGCAGGCUGACUGAUGACUGAAAUGACGACACGGCACAAAUUUCGUUUUUUGCAUUUGACAGACUUAAUCAAUUCAGUAAUACUAAAAUUGAGAAACAAAAUAGCUGAACUCUGAUAAAUUCUUUGAUUGGAUAAAAAAAAAAAAGAGAAAAAAAAGUAAGCUUAGUAAAGUAUCCUACAGAGGACGUAUGUAUUUUUGUGCAGGUUUCUGAAAUUAUUGACAAAGAAACAAAAACCAAGGCUCAGAUUUGGGUGAAGAACAGGUGACAAAAGAAAGUCAUGUUUACAUUUGACGCUGUUCAUUUAGAGAAGAAGAACUUUAUUAAUCCCUGCAAGGAAAUUCUAAUGGUGUUGAUGUCUGCCUCGUGGGGACUGAUGCUGAGUGGGUGGUAAUGAUGUCUAAAUGCCAAUAAUCAGCCUAUCUCUAGUUCAAAGUGAUGCAUUCAACCACCUUCUCUGUAAUCGUUCUGACCUUUUAAAGCUCUUUGAGACAUUUAUCCUUCCUUUUGAAGUUGUUGCUUUGACACAGCAGCCUUUUUCUCCAGUUCUGUAGUCGACUCUCUGCAAUCUUUUGCAUGAUUUGUUUUUUUAUCUGUUUGAAAUUGAUAGUAUUCAAAGAGGCCAUACUGCUACCUCCUCACCAACAUUGUAUUGCAAGUGGCUACUGGACAAUUUUUGCUUUUUAGUUUGAAAUAUUUUUUCGAAAACUUUUCACAUUUUAGCUACAAGGUUUCUGAUAUCAAGUUACUCACAUGUUGACAGCCGGUGGAAAUGGUCAGGGUGAGAUAAUUGCUUCUUAUUGCUGAUCCUGUAUCAGUGGAAAAAAUGCCCAAUCGACUUCAAUCUGAGUUGAGACUGACACAGGGACAUCCCUAAUAAUACAAAGAGAGUUUUGCUUUUUUCCUCUCCAGUAACCUCAGAUCAAGAUGAUGACCAGCUAAGAUCUCUGAUUUUCAUAUAAAUAUGGUUAAAUGGGACCAGGAUGUAAAAAGUGGACAUUUACAAGACUUCAAACACUGAAGUCUGAAGUAGUCAGCCAGCCCUCCAGGGACUCUCUAACAUUAAUGAAAAUGCAUCAAGAUUCUGAAGCUCCUGGUGUGUAUUCACAUUAUACUGAUGAUUGUAUUAAUUUAAACUCAGCUUCCACUCACAAUUCAGAGUUUGGACUUAUUUGGUCAAAGAUGUCGACCUCUUUGAGCUUAAAUGGACCCAAACACUUAUAUGUACAUUCAGGUCAAACUAAUGACACGUGCUGCCCAGGUCCUCAAAGAGUCAAACUACUGUACAGUUUGUGAUCAGAUACCUCAUUCCCAUUGUAACGGCUGCUCUGUGUUUGUAAGACUAACUGACUGUAGGAGCAAAAUCUUAGAAGCCUGUUUUAUUCCUGAGAAGAUCUGUUUUCUCUUAUUGCAUAUGUGCCCUGUUUUGCAGAUGUCACAGGAAUGUGACGAUUAAUAGACACGCUCUGAUGGCGCCGGUGUCAUAAUUUAGUUGCAGCUGUGAGUUCUUUCAGACAUCAAGCAACCAAAGAGUUUUUUUUGUUUGUUUUUUAGUUAUAACUUGUUCAUUCAGCAAAGCUUAGUCUGUUUCCUUUCUUAUUUGCCAUCCUUGAACAUUUAAAAGCAUAACAUAGCUGACACUUAUAGCACACAAACACAUGUGAAAAUUGGGCCCAGGUUGAAAAAUGACCUAAGUUCCUCUUUAUGAAUACCAGUGUGGUCUCAGUAUUGACUCUGUCUGCCUCAAAAGUUUGAGGAAAAACAUGCUGCUGUGCUCAGAGUUGAAAAUAACUUAUUAAUGACUUUAUUUUUAUAGCACUUUUAAAAGCAGAAGUUUACAAAGUGGUUUGACAAAUAGUCAUAAAGCACAUGGAAAUAAAGACAAAUAAAAACAAAAAGCUAAGUUAAAACAGAAUUUUGUCAUAAGGAACCCAGACAAUCCAAGAACCAUGCAACAUAAAAUAAGAGCAUGAGGACAAAAAUAAAAACAUAAAAUAGUUAAGAAAAAGACAAUGCAAUAAAAAAGGGGCUUGAAAGCAGAAAACAGUAAUGUAAAUAUAAAAGACAAUAUUAUUAAUGAUAAAGUUAAAACAAAAUAAUAAGGGUAAUGAUAGUCUUGAUAAAAUAGAACAACAGAAAUGAACAAGAGAUGAAACAGUUGUGUAAAUUUGUAACAUUUGUUGUUCUUUCUCUGACUAUCUCAGAUGACUCGGGCACAGCUGGAGACGUUACAAUCAAAGAACCAGCACCUGAAGGAGCAGCUGCAGAGACGAGACUCUCAGUCACCAAAGGUUUCCCUGCUUUGACACUCUUUUGUUUUUAUAGUGAUUACAUUCUAACAGACCUUUUUAAACAGUAGUCUUCACAUAUUUUGCCUUCAGCACCCUUCUGAAGUCUGACUGAUGUCUCUCCUUUCGCUCUUCUCAGAAGGAGGUUUCCUCACUUGCAUCCCUGAGGGAGAGCUAUGUGUCCUGUCUAAGCAGCCUGGAACAGGAGAAUCGACAGCUCAGGCAGGCGCUGUCUGAGAAGCAGGUCUCCAGCCGGAAUGAAGAAGCUCAGCUCAGUCAUGCCAUGACCAAUCAGCAAAGCAGGUACCCACCCAGGACAUAAACAGACAUGCUUCUACCAAAAGAUCCAGAAACUGAUGCAACGUCGUAUUUUCUUUGUAGCAAUGAAGAUCCCAGACAUCACAAAAACAGAGAGGAGAUCACAACUCAGUCUAAAGUGGAGACCCAGUGGAGAUCAGCAUCCUCCUCUUCAUCCUCCGCUAGCAACAGCGGACGAGACAGGAGAGUCUCAGCACCAGGUUCACAUGAAUCUGCAGCUGAGGGGCAAAGCUGCAGCUCUCCAGACUCUCUCUCAUCAGUUUCCAGUGAAAAAUCAUCCCCAACCUCCAGGGUUAGUCUUUUCAGGAGUGAUAUACUACCAACCAAUAGUACUUGUCAUAGUCUUGGUACAGGUCAGGAUUCUCUGUCCUUCUUUCUUGUGAAAAACCCUCAGGUUAUGUGUGUUUCUCUUUCCCCUAGGAGUCGAUGUCAGUGUCCCCUGCAGAUAACAUGGUGUCUCGUUUUAUGGAGGAGGAGAACUUGCGCUGUGAGGAGCUUAUCCAAAAACUGGACACCCACAUCCAGGUUAUGACAGAAAACAACACAAAGACAGUGUCCAAAUACCUGCCAGGUGACCCAGGACCUGAAUCUGAGGCUCAGAUUUCAUCACGGACUGAUAAGUGAUGGAGUAAGGUGGGAAUAAACCUGAGGGAAGUGAACAGCAAUUUCAGAGGCUGCAGAGACUUCUACUCUUUUAUUUUGAACAGUUUGAGUACUAAAGUUUAAAAUGUUGUCUGGGAUCAUAUUCAUGGUAUAGAAUUAGUCUUAAAUAGCUGGUUGUCCUGCCUUUUUCUCCUGCUCUGUUUAUCCUGGGUUUAUUUCUCUGUGUAGCGGCACAGUAUGUUCAGGAGAGGCACAUUUUUGUUGAAUUAUCCAGUUUAUUCUGGAAAACAUGCGUCAACAUUCAUGAGUGAUUGAACACCUCAGGACAAGUGACCAGUGAAGGUGGGUCCAUAUCCUACACCCAGUGUUACUAGGCUGAGCUGACAGUAAGCUGAAUUGCAAACUCUGCAAACUGCUUGGCGAAUACAGAUGGAACUGUGUAGAACUACAUGUUGCACUGAAACUACAUAUUGUGGACUCAGAAGACCACAAUGGAAGUCAUUACAUAAAACCGUUUUAACCUUUUCCACUCUCAGAAAUCCCUUGAAACAAACUUGCUGUUGUGUUAUAUUUUAAAGUCCCUGUGAGGAACUAUUAAUCUGUGUCAGUUUUGCUGCCCCCUAUGGACAAAACAGCCUUUGCUUCUCUUGUCCUCACAGCUUAAGUGGCAUCUUGAGACCAAAGGAUUUCAUAAUUCCGAUUUUUGACAGUCAAAUUUCAUGUUAAAUAUGAAUAUUUUAUGUAAAAAGUGUAUAACAGGACUGUUUCUUCAGCUGCAUGGCUGACAUUAACCUUCCUGCACAGUUUUCAGGCAUUAAAAUUGACAAUCUAAAAAUUAUCAUCUUAUUUAGUUACUUAGUCUUUUUCAUGAAUGUCAUAAAAUCUCACAGGAGCUUUAACUGUUGCAUUAUGCUUUCAAAUAGAGCAACAAAUUGAAUUUUAUGCCUAAAAUGCAAAAGACAGACAACUCUCAAAAAAAACUGAAUGAUAAAUUUAUUGAAAAAAGUGAACAGGUAAAGACGAGAAUAAAAGCUUCAACUGAGGCUUAUAGACGGCGUCAUGUGCCAGUUUGAGUCUUCUCUGCCCUGCUGCUCUUUGUCAUAUUUGAGUGACCUCACAGAAGUGACUUUGGGUUGCUAAAUUCCUCUUGAGGCGUUCGCUGGAAGUCAGACGUCAAGAAGAGUCUUUUUGUUUUUUGUUGCAAAUUCCAUUUUUUCUUGCUGCCUGGAAUUCAUCUUUGCUUUGACAUCCAGAGAAAAGAAUGUAGCCUUGUGCCAAAAAGGUGUCCGUCCUCCCUGCACGUCUGUCAUAACUGAGAAAAUACCACAUAUGUACAUGUCUGUCCAGAAGUUAGGGAGGGAAAGGAGGCAGCUUAUGCUACAGCUCUCCUCAUUUCCCCUGUGACUGCUCUCCCCUCAGCACCACCAACACCACCCACCCUGCAGAGGCCCUCUGGCUAGUCAAGUGCAGGAAUGUGAGCACCAUGCCAAUGCUGUCAUGAACCUUCCCCUGCAGCCUGCUUUGUCCUCAUCAUUAGAAAACUGAUGGAAUGUUAAUAUCAACCAUGUGGGGAAACAGAAAGACCAGGGGGUUGAUUUUACUGCUCUCUUAAUGAAGCACAUACUGAAACUAAAGAAAUAAAGUGGAACUAUCUAAAAAACA